CAAAUGCGAGCUAUGCUUGAUCAGUUAAUGGGCACAGGACGGAAUGGUGAAAAUAACAAAUUUCAAGUGAAGUACUCCGAUCCAAAGGUCUGCAAGAGCUUUUUGCUGGCGUGCUGUCCACAUGAAAUCCUAUCGUCAACGUUCUAUUUCCAGAGUCUCUGGAAAAAGCAAUUCCAAUCAGAUCCAUUGUACAAUAUUGUUGCGAGUAUUGUCCGCUCAUAUGUCGUGUUGUACUUGUCGCUCUGACACGCGCGUUACUGUAAGUACUGAAAGCGAAGAGGACGUACGUAUUACAUUCUACAAUUUGAUUACACCUUAACAUAAUCUCAAGUACUAGGUAUUAAUUCGAUUGAGAAUAAAGGCGGACGGUUUAACCUCAGCCCCUCUACCGGUAAAACCACGGUGGCGAGGCUGAGUACCGAAUAUUAAUUCCGAGACCCCGAAUGGCCUGUUAAAGUUGGUAGAAAUGAAGUUUACUUUGAAAGUAUGCGUGAAAAUGUAUUCAUCCUCGGGAGAUGUAACGGGUACAGGAAAUGAGGCAGUGAUCUGCGGUGUACAACACUUGAGAAUUUUUAAAACGUCGAUACGAUAUUCCAAGAAAAUUUACGUUUACUUAACUUUGAAUGUACGGUGUAGCGUACCUCAAACGAUCGAAAAAUGAAAUCAUUGUUUUAUUUAAAAAGCGAGAAUCUCUGAAAAUCGACCAGAAGAAUCCGUUAACGUUGAAAUUAUUUUGGCAAUUUGCAAACAAACGAAAGAAAGAAAAAAAAAAAAGAACAAACAAAAAUAGUACGUGGACAAGAUGCCCACGAGAAAACGUGACAAGUGGCAUGAAGCUGAAAGAGAAAGAGAAAGAGAAAGAGAAAGAGAAAUAGAAAUAGAAAGAGAAAGAGAGACAGUAUUAGGCGGAAUUGUACAGCGUGUGCCAGUUCUGUUAGAAAAAUUUCCUUCAACAUUGGAUGUACGUAUUGAACUCGUUUUCUAAAUCGUCUAGAAUUGAUUCAUCUAAGGCAAUGCCUAUGCGUGCCCUACGUAAAUAGUAUAAUAAACUAUUAGGCUAUAAGUUGUUUCAUAGACAUUGAACAUAUGAACUUAAGGUGUGUGCUGAUUGUAGCUUCAUUGCCAUCGCAUUGUCGUGUCAGGCGGAGAGGUGUUGCCACUCUGUAAGUGAACAUAACAAAAUAUUUAUCUGUAAAAUUGCAUUUUUACUUUGUCCAAGAACAAGAUGAUAUGUCGGUCAAUAUAUAAUAUGUAUGUACAUAUGCAUAUGUAUAUAGAAAUAUAUGUACAAGCGUAUACAGGCUAUAUCCUGGCAUGCAACACAGAAACAACGAAAAGGUUUAUGCAAACAUUUUAUACAACUCGAGGCUACCUAUAAAUACGAGUCCAGCAGGUACAAACAAAUACCUUGAUACUUGAAGUUUUCAAAUAAAAUCAAACAGUCUGUACAGUUUGUUAUAAUCGAUUCCAUCAGCUUUCUUUGCAAUAAACUAUCGUCAUGGUAAGUUGUAAAGAAGCUCGAAUAUAGCGAAUAUAUUUUACCAACUCUUUUCAUUGCUUUCCAAUGUUCCUAAUCCGCCACUGUAAUGGCUGAAAUGGAACUCUGUAUGUUAGGAUACACCCUGUAUAUUUUCAUAUGCAUUGUCUGUAAGCGCAUUAGCAGAAGAGCAACCAUUUGUAAGUUCUUCUAUUAAAAGCAUCAUAUCUUUCUGGACAAUUAGGGUUUUAACUUCUGUCGUUGUUGCCGUGCAUAGUCUAAAUUAUUUAUGUAAUUGUUGAUUAUCGAUUCAGUUUCGUAUUACAAACAGCGAGAUUAAACAACUGUAAGAUUUCAUAGAACACGUUGGGAGGGAUUACAUAAAUAAAACCAGUGAGGCGUCACACGGUUAGACGGACGUAAUCUAAUAUUAAAUGGUUUGUAAAUCGCAGCGCAUGGACCUGGGAGAAUGCCCCCAGAUUCACGACUUGGCCCUACGGGCUGACUACGAAGCUGCGCAAAAGAAGAAGGACCAUUUUUACGAUAUCGAUGCCAUGGAACAUUUGCAAAAUUUUAUCGCCGACUGUGACCGUCGUACGGAGCAAGCAAAGCAACGAUUGGCAGAGACUCAAGAAGAGCUGAGCGCCGAGGUAGCAGCGAAAGCGAACAACGUUCACGUUCUAGCCGAGGAAAUCGGUAAAAAGCUGGCUAAGGCUGAGCAGCUUGGCGAGGAAGGUUUCGUGGAGGAAUCGAUGAAACUGAUGGGUGAGAUAGACGAGCUGCGUAAGAAAAAGAACGAAGCUGAACAAGAGUAUCGUAACAGCAUGCCAGCGUCCAGUUACCAACAACAAAAGUUGAGAGUCUGCGAGGUGUGCAGCGCGUAUCUUGGCAUACACGACAACGACAGACGACUGGCCGAUCACUUUGGCGGCAAGUUGCAUCUGGGCUUUAUCAAGAUCCGCGAGAAAUUGGCGGAACUUCAGAAAACCGUCGAAGACAGACGCAAAGAGAAGAGGGAGUCGUUGCUCGACAGACGCAGAGACAGAGACAGGGACGAUCGCGACAGGGACCGCGAUAGGUCCGACAGCAGACGCGGAGGAUUGGGUUACAGAGAAAAAGAUCGCGAUCGUGACCGUGACCGUGACCGUGACCGUGAACGCGAUCGUGAUCGCGAUCGCGACAGAGACCGUGACCGCGACCGCGAUCGCGAUCGCGAUCGGGAUCGGGAUCGAGACCGUGAACGCAGAGACAGAGACAGGAGAAAGUCGCGAUCUCGAAGCCGCAGUCGUGGAAAGAGAUCGAAACGUUCGCGCAGUAAUAGCCGCAGUCGACGAUCUCGUUCUCGUCGUAGUGGGUCCAACGAUCGGAAAAGAUAAAACUGAUUGUCAUUAAUAAUUAUCCUAAAUCAUUUUCUUCGUAUGAAAUUCACGUGCUUACUUGUGCACAUUACAUGUAAAAACAGAAAUCGCGCUCGCUGAACAUCGUUCUUUUCUUUUCGAUAGACUAAUUCGCAAAUUACCACACUAAAUUUGUACAUUAUCCGUCACUAUAUUACCGAGAAACAAAUAACACCAAUAUAGGAAAGAAGAAAAAUAUCUUUGUGUGAGACUAGGCACAUUCCUGUUAAUGUAAGAACAGGAUUGAAUUUACUAGAUAUUAAUAUACUAAUACACUUAAUCAAUUCGAUCUUGAUAUACCGAUAUACUUUUAACUGUAGUUACUGUUUCGUGUACAUAAGAAUUAGCGCAGAUGUAACUCCAUGUCUUUUGGAGAUGUUACAUAUUUAUAAUAUUAUUACUUGAUCUUAUGUGAUUAUUAUACGAGCAUAAAAAUGAAGACAUGUUCGAAAAUAUAUACGUUUAAGUAAU